AAAGGAAAUACUUUUUUCAAAAGAGCCAAUAUACCACCACACCGUCUCUCUCUGCAAAACUCGAAUAGGCUGUGACGAUAACUGUCUUCUCCUUCCCCAUUUCGCAUCCCUAUUCUCUCUUCACACACAAACACAGCAAUGGCCGCCGCAUCAUCUCCUCGAGAAGACAAUGUGUACAUGGCAAAACUCGCUGAGCAAGCUGAACGCUACGAAGAAAUGGUUGAAUUCAUGGAAAAAGUCGUCGCCGCCGCGGACGGCAGCGAGGAACUCACCAUAGAGGAGCGCAACCUUCUCUCCGUUGCUUACAAGAACGUGAUCGGAGCACGGAGGGCUUCCUGGCGUAUCAUCUCCUCUAUCGAGCAGAAAGAGGAGAGCAGAGGCAACGAGGGACACGUUGCGACGAUCCGUGAUUACAGAUCUAAGAUCGAGACGGAGCUAUCGUCGAUCUGCGACGGUAUCCUCAAGCUUCUCGAUUCGAAGCUCAUCGGAUCCGCGUCUAGCGGUGAUUCCAAGGUUUUCUAUCUGAAAAUGAAGGGAGAUUAUUACAGGUAUUUGGCUGAAUUUAAGACUGGAUCUGAGAGGAAAGAAGCUGCUGAGAAUACACUCUCUGCUUACAAGGCGGCUCAGGAUAUUGCAAAUGGAGAACUUGCUCCCACCCAUCCUAUCCGACUUGGACUUGCACUCAACUUCUCAGUCUUCUACUAUGAGAUCCUAAAUUCACCAGAUCGCGCAUGCAAUCUUGCAAAGCAGGCUUUUGAUGAAGCUAUUGCAGAAUUGGAUACCUUAGGAGAAGAUUCCUACAAGGACAGCACCCUGAUCAUGCAACUUCUUCGUGAUAAUCUCACUUUAUGGACUUCAGACAUGCAGGAUGACAGUGCUGAAGAAAUUAAAGAAGCACCAAAGGCAGAUGAGUAACAAAAUUCCCUACUCAAGACCUGUUUAUGGUUUGUAAUUGUUUGCUUUUCGAUUGAAAAUGCUCUACUUGUUGCUUGAGUAUCAACUCGUUAGAUUUAGGAAUUUAAUGAUUUUCUAUCUUUUUUAAUAUCAUGCUUAAUUUCAUCUUCCAUCAUUGCAAACGCUUUUUAGGUUGUGGUUUUAUAAGUUAAAAAAAUGUUUGUGGUUAUAUACUUAUUAUAGGUAUAUCGUAUAUGUUUCAAUUAUUUUUUAAAUCUUUAUUGUUCAUUUCACACAUAAUUUUGGAUUGCUAAAAGUACAUGAAUCCACCCCCUUUUUAGUGUAUUGGAUUUAUUAGUGACAACAGUCUGUAAAGGAGUCAAAUAUGGUUUGACUGCUUUUCAGGAAGAGAUGCACUUAAUGAGUUAAUGGUAUGCACUUUUGAUUCCUUUCUUGUGCUGCUUUACAGUUGGAUGGGUUUUGGUACAACUUAAAUUUACAUAAAAAUCACAACAUUUUCAAUGAAUGUAGUGUGUGUGUGUGUCUGUGUAUUCGUCCCCUUUCGACCAAAACAAUCCAUUUUAGUAAGUGCUAUCAUCAUUUUGUUCCACUGGUGAGAUACCAAAUGAUUUAGGAACUUCAAAAAGAAUACACCAAAAAGCUCUAUUUCUCAUUAAUCAUGAGAUAUAUGAGUAUUUGAAAACGGUAAACCUUUUGUAGAGGUUUUUUGUUAUAAUAUUAG